AUGGCUUCUUUCAUUGGAAAACAUAUGAUUUUUCCUUCGAAUUGCGUUCCUAAAUCCAUGGCGGAUCUCAGGAAAUACGAGGGAUUUUUCCCAAACAUGAGUGGAGCAACUUAUGAUCCCAUUUCCCUUCUAAACGAGGAAAAGAAUCUUAGACGUGCACAGAGUGGUGGCUUUUCCUCGGACUCAACUCGUUCAUCCCGCGAUGAUGACAUCUUUUCGAACACUGCAUUUGCAUCUUCGAGCAGCGGCGAUGACAGCACUGGAUCAAGUCAAACGUCUCAUGACGUAUUCAACGAGAGCGGCAAAACAGUGUUACUGAAGACCCCGCAAAAGACUUUGGCUAAGCGAGUGAGCCCAAGGAAACCUCUCAAACCAGUUAAAAGUGUGAAUCCUUGUGAUCCAGGCUUUAAAGGUGUCACCCUCCACAUGAAAACAACGCUGAAGAAAGGGAAGAACGGUUUGAAAACUCGAUCUGAAGCGCAGCUGGUGAUAGAUUGUUGCUUUACUUCUAAGAAGAGACGUCGCUGCUCAAAUCUGGAGCUCGAUAUGCGCGAGUGUAAGACAUCGAGAAGAAGGCUCAAUUCACCAGGGGUUAAUCCUUCCAUUUUCAAGCUUCAAAGCUCUCCCGAGUCAAUGUUUAGCGACAGAAGCCCGUCCGAUGUGGACUUGGGAACAGCGCCGAUCCAAGUGGAAAAGGAAUGCGCAUCCUGCGGGACUUUCAAAACUCCUUUGUGGCGUGAUGCGGAAGAUGGCACUCACUUGUGCAAUGCUUGUGGAAUUAGGUACAAGAAGUACAGGAUCCGUUGCGUUCGAUGCUGGUAUAUCCCCAAGAAGGAGGAGAAAGCAUUACCGUGUUGCACUAGUUGCGGUCAUACCUACAAAAUCACCUUGGGUCGCAAGGCUAACCCAUUUAGCAGCAGCGAGUAACAAUUUUACUCCUCUGGAGUGGAAGUGUUUGGUUUUACUCAGAUUACUGCGAUGAUUUUUGAGUGUUUUACAGAACAGUCUAUUUAGAUGGAACGUUGAAUUGGCUUAUGUUAACCGUCUUAUUGUAGUAUAUACUAACCGUGAGUGGGAUACAGUGAUACAUGGACACGCUUGCGUUUAAAAACCCUCAAGUAGUUACAAGACGGAUAUGGACCAUGAUGAUUAACAUAUCAAGGAACGAAUACUAUUUUACUGCAUGCUGUUCAGUAUUCAGAAAAUUGUAGACAUCAUUUGUAAUGUUGACCAAUAUUCUGUCGCUAAAAUUAAUGAUAAUACUUCUGUGUUACGGGUGUCAACUUUGUACUUUACUCAUAUUACUGGACUACUUGUUAU